GUCAAAAAAUUGUUCAUAAAAAAAGUUAAGGAGAAUCAUUUGCUAGAGUUUUUUUCUUUUACAAAUUUCGCUGAGAUAGAGAGAGAGGUGGAAAUGGAAUCUGGCGAUGAAGAAGUGAUGGCUCAGGACGCCAGCGACGAGGGUGACUCCUACGACGACGACUUCUACGGCGGCGGAUGUGGAGGUGUUGAAGACUCCGACGACGACGUCAUCAUGGAUUACGAUUUUAUCGACAACGACUCUGAUGAUUCCGAUGGCCUUGUCUCACAUUACCGCUCCCAGACCAACUACACCAUUUUGAAUGAAGCCGAUAUACACCAACGCCAAGAAGAAAGUAUUACAAAAAUAGCUACGGUUCUUUCCAUAUCAAAGGUCGCAGCUGGCAUCUUGCUCCGCCAUUAUAACUGGAGCGUAAGCAAAGUGCAUGAUGAAUGGUUUGCAGAUGAAGCAAAAGUCCGUAGGACUGUUGGCUUGUUAGAAAAUCCUGCUCAACUUCCCAUCGAAAAAGAGAUAGCUUGUGGAAUCUGUUUUGAAAUGUAUCCUCGUGACGGAAUUGAUUCGGCUGCUUGCGGUCAUCCUUUCUGUGUCACAUGUUGGCAAGGCUAUAUUAGCACAUCCAUAAAUGAUGGUCCGGGGUGUUUGAUGUUGCGGUGCCCUGAUCCAUCUUGUAGUGCUGCAGUAGGUCAAGAUAUGGUAAAUGCAUUUGCCACUCAAGAUGAUAGAGAUAAAUACAACCGUUACUUUAUUAGGUCAUUUAUUGAAGACAAUAGGAAGACAAAGUGGUGCCCUGCUCCUGGGUGUGACUACGCUGUUGAUUUUAUUAUUGGAAGUGGAAGCUAUGAUGUCACUUGCUGCUGUUCAUACAGUUUUUGUUGGAAUUGUUGUGAAGAAGCUCAUCGACCAGUUGAUUGUGGCACUGUGGCCAAGUGGAUUUUGAAGAACAGUGCUGAAUCUGAGAAUAUGAAUUGGAUUUUAGCCAAUUCUAAGCCUUGCCCAAGGUGCAAGCGACCAAUAGAAAAAAAUCAGGGAUGCAUGCAUAUCACUUGCACCCCUCCCUGUAAAUUUGAGUUUUGCUGGCUAUGCCUUGGUUCCUGGUCAGAACAUGGUGAGAAAACAGGUGGCUUCUAUGCAUGCAAUCGGUAUGAAGCAGCAAAACAACAAGGAGCGUACGAUGACGCUGAAAAAAGAAGAGAGAUGGCUAAAAACUCUUUAGAAAGAUAUACACAUUACUAUGAAAGAUGGGCAACCAACCAAUCGUCUAGGCUAAAAGCUCUUGCAGAUCUUCAGCAAAUGCAAAAUGUUCAUCUUGAGAAGUUGAGUGAGGUACAAUGUCAGCCUGAAUCACAGUUGAAGUUUAUAAUAGAUGCCUGGCUGCAGAUAGUUGAAUGUAGACGGGUGCUAAAGUGGACAUAUGCAUAUGGAUUUUACUUACCCGAGCAUGAACGUGCAAAGCGACAGUUCUUUGAGUAUCUGCAAGGUGAAGCGGAGUCAGGCUUAGAACGGCUUCAUCAAUGUGCUGAAAAGGAACUUCAGGCAUAUCUUAAUGCAGAUGGUCCAUCAAAAGACUUCAAUGAAUUCCGCACAAAGCUAGCAGGGUUGACUAGCGUGACUCGAAAUUACUUUGAGAACCUGGUACGAGCAUUGGAGAAUGGUCUGUCGGAUGUGGGCGCUCCUCGGGUUGGGGGUAGCAGCAGCAGGGCAGCUGGAGUAGGCUCACGGAGCCUGGUGGGGUGCUUGAGCAGCGGCAGCAAGGGCAGAGGAGGGGGCAAGGGCAAGGGCACCACCACCACCACCACCACCACCACGUCUAGAUCGAGCAGUUUCAAAACCAUAGAUGAUUCCGGACACUGGUCCUGUCAGUACUGCACCUACGCUAACGUCAAGUCCGCUAAUGUUUGCCACAUGUGUCAGCAACGCCCUUGAAACUCAGUCAGUCAGCCAGUCUCACACCCUUUCGCGGGGUGAUGGGUGAUGAUGAUGAUGAUGAUGGUGUACAUAAGCUCUCAUGUAUGUGUUGUACAAUGUGUACUAAACCAGCCAGAAAAGUCUCUUUGUUUUAUUGUAAUUCUGUUGCCGGCCGUCUGCAUGUAAGGGAGGCCGGGAAAUAAUCUAUCAUCUGCUUGCUUAAAGCGCUGUUGUAUUGUAUUUUAACUGUACACUGCUUUUAUAUAUAUAUAGGAAGAUGGAUCAUUUAUUCCCCCCAUCACAAUGAAUAAACCUAUAUUUU